CAGGAUGCUGCCUCUGUCAGUGCAGGCGUUCUGCUGCCUUUCUGGGUCCUGUCGCACAGCCUUCUUGCUCAACCAUCGGGUGCAUAGGAUGGAAACUGCUGUCCCCCGUUUGGAAGACAGCACAGGGCUUGGCUUCAUAGCGUUGUGGCUGGAGACUGAAACGGCAGCCGCUUUCUCAGGCUUUCUGUAGCCAGUCUGUUAGAGGAAAGGGAAGCACUCCAUGCCUUACAGGCCCAAGAAGAUGGAAAGACAAAUGGUAGGCGGCAUACUCAGGCACUUCCGCAACUGGCUGCCUCGACACGGAGCAGGACCUCCCCAGGAUAAUCUGGGGGAAGUUGUAAAGGAACCAGAAAGGGCCCAGGAGCACUGUCUACCCAACUUUGCCGGAGGGCAGCACUUCUUUGAAUACCUCCUCGUGGUUUCUCUCAAAAAAAAGCCUUCGGGGGAUGAUUAUGAGCCCACAAUCACCUACCAGUUCCCCAAGCGAGAGAACUUGCUUCGGGGACAACAGGAGGAGGAGGAGCGGCUGCUUGGAGCCAUCCCCUUGUUUUGCUUCCCAGAUGGGAAUGAGUGGGCCCCACUCACUGAGUAUCCCAGGGAGACCUUCUCGUUCGUUCUGACCAACAUGGAUGGCAGCAGGAAGAUUGGAUACUGCAGGCGCCUCUUGCCCGCCGGCCGUGGUCCUCGCCUCCCCAGGGUGUACUGCAUCAUCAGCUGCAUUGGCUGCUUCGGCUUGUUCUCCAAGAUCCUGGAUGAAGUGGAAAAGAGGCAUCAGAUCUCCAUGGCAGUCAUCUACCCAUUCAUGCAGGGCCUCCGAGAGGCAGCCUUCCCUGCUCCUGGGAAGACCGUCACCCUCAAGAGCUUCAUCCCUGACUCGGGCACUGAGUUCAUUUCGCUGACUCGGCCCCUGGACUCCCACCUAGAGCACGUGGAUUUUGGUUCUCUAUUGCGCUGUCUCAGUUUUGAGCAGAUUCUUCAGAUCUUUGCCUCUGCAGUGCUGGAGAGAAGAAUCAUCUUCCUGGCAGAGGGUCUCAGCACACUGUCUCAGUGCAUCCAUGCUGCUGCGGCGCUGCUCUACCCCUUCAGCUGGGCCCACACCUACAUCCCUGUUGUCCCCGAGAGCCUUCUGGCCACUGUCUGCUGCCCCACUCCCUUCAUGGUUGGAGUCCAAAUGCGCUUUCGGCAGGAGGUUAUGGACAGCCCCAUGGAAGAGGUCCUGUUGGUGAAUCUUUGUGAAGGAACCUUCUUAAUGUCAGUUGGUGAUGAAAAAGACAUCCUACCACCCAAGCUUCAGGAGGACAUCUUAGAAUCUCUUGGUCAGGGGAUCAAGGGGUCACAGACUUCUGAACAAAUCAAUGAGCAUGUUUCAGGCCCUUUUGUGCAGUUCUUUGUCAAGACUGUGGGCCACUAUGCUUCCUACAUCAAGCGGGAAGCAAAUGGGCAAGGCCACUUCCAAGAACGGGCCUUCUAUAAGGCUCUGACCUCCAAGGCCAACCGCCGAUUUGUGAAGAAGUUUGUGAAGACACAGCUCUUUUCCGUUUUCAUCCAGGAAGCUGAGAAGAGCAAGAACCCUCCUGCAGGCUAUUUCCAACAGAAAAUACUUGAAUACGAGGAACGGAAGAAACAGAAGAAACCAAAGGAAAAGACUUUGAAAUAAGAGCUGUGGUGAACAAAAGUGACUAGACCUAUAGGCCAGUUGUGGACUUUGGCCCCUGCCGGCAUGGUAGGAUGUGAAGCUCUCAGCCCCUAGAAUCCACAGCCUUCUUCCGAGUCCUGGUAACCAGGUCUCGCUUCAAGUUGGUGUCUUGAGUUUGGGAUCCCUGGAAUCAGCUUUCUCAAGACUUUGGAAGGCUCUGACCUCUGUGCUCACAGAGCUGGGCACAAAGCUGCCUUUCCUGCAGAGGUGACACCGGGCAGGAAACAGUAGUAGAGGUGUUGUAGAGUCUUAGAAGUUGCUGUAACUGCCCUCUUCCAGGAACCUCUCUUACAAAAUCCUCAAAAGAAGAAAGCAGUUGUGGCCCAAAGGCUCAGUUUCUCCACAUAAAAGAAGAGGUCUGUGGACAUGUGAGGAUAAGAAUAAAGACGAAAAUCUUCUUGUUCUUUAAA